UAUGUAUUUUCAUUUUUUCUUCCAGCUGCUGUAACUUACUCAAAGCCUCGGUUGGCCACGUUUUGGUACUAUGCCAAGGUUGAGCUCGCUCCUCCGACUCCAGCUGAGAUCCCUAAGGCCAUUGAUAGCAUGCGAGCUAUGGUCAGAAGCUUUCAGUCCGGCCGCCUGGCGCAGCUCACAGUCAGGGAAGCUCUGAGGAACGGUUUGGUAGCCACCGAGGUGCUGAUGUGGUUUUACAUUGGUGAGAUCAUAGGCAAAGGCGGCCUGAUUGGAUACAAUGUUUGAAGACAGUCCCCAGUAGCCUGAUGUUUUGCUUCUUUGUGCCCCGAGUCUGUAACAGUAUCUAAGAAAAUAAAACCCAGAACUGAUGCG